AUGUUCGCUGUCAAUACGUUGUUGCUGGCCCUUUCUCUCUACGCCGCUGGGUGUGAUGCGGCUCCGACGCAGGAGGCCCAUUCGAGCAAAGGGUAUGAUUAUAUCGUCGUUGGAGGCGGUACCGCUGGACUGGCUCUGUCUACCAGACUAAGUCAGGGUCUCCGGGAUUCUAGCAUUCUAGUCAUCGAGGCGGGACCAGCUGCCCUCGAUGAACUCGGAAUCAAUGUCCCCGGGAAGAAGGGCUCGACCCUCGGGACCAAGUACGACUGGAAUUUCACCACAACACCCCAAGAGAGUGUCAAGAACAGAGUCUUCGCACAGAACAGAGGCAAAGUCCUAGGGGGGUCAUCCGCCAUUAACCUCUUAACGUACGACAGAGCCUCCGAGCACGAGUAUGACGCCUUUGAACAGGUGGGCAAUCCAGGGUGGAACUGGACCACCUUCUUAGAGAUGAUGAAGAGAUCGGAGAACUUCACCAGCAAGAACACUGAGUGGUAUGGCGAUGCUGGGGUCAACACCAAUGGCCCCAUCCACGGUACCAUCAAUCGCAUCAUUCCGACCCACCAGGACGGGUGGAUUCCAACUAUGAACAGACUUGGUAUUGAAACCAAUAAGGAGUAUCUCGGCGGCAACCUCCUAGGGGUUUCGUACUCGCCCAACAGCAUUGACCCAACGCACUACAACCGGUCCUACAGCGCCAAUUCUUAUCUUCCGCUUGCUGGCCCACAGCUCACGGUCAUGACAGAGAAGAUAGUAGCCAAAGUCAAUAUGAAGGAGGAUGGCUGUGGAUAUCGGGCCAGUGGUGUGACGUUGACGGAUGGAACUUUUAUCGCUGCUCGUCGAGAAGUCAUCCUCUCCGCCGGUUCCUUCCAGAGCCCUGGUCUCCUCGAACAUUCCGGCAUUGGGAACAGAGCCAUCCUGGCGAAAGCCGGCGUCGAGCAACUCAUUGAUCUUCCUGGUGUGGGCGAAAACCUCCAGGAUCACAUCCGCAUCCAGAGCACGUAUCAGGUCAAGAAAAACUACACCUCUAUCGAUAUUCUUAGAUACAACCCUGAGUACGCUGCAGAGCAACUCCAACUUUGGGUUGAUGGCAAACUUUCCCUCUAUGAUUAUGCCGGCAGCGGGUACAGUUUCAUGACCUGGAAGCAAGCCAUUGGCAAUGACUCGGAACUUCUUGCCCUCGCUCAAGCUGUGGUUGGCACCUCGACGAAUCCUGCGUUAAAGAAGAAGCUAGAGUGGAUGUCCGACCCAACCAUUCCUCAACUCGAGGUCAUUAUGAGCGACGGAUACACUGGGGUGAAGGGCUAUCCGGCGCCAGGCACCCCAUUGUACGGCGAAGGGUUCUUCUCUCUCAUCGCAGCCAUCAUGCACCCUCUCAGCCAUGGCAGCGUACACAUCAACUCCUCUGAUCCUCUUGCCAAACCCAUCAUUGACCCCAACUACCUCAGUAACGAGCAUGAUCUCCAGGCGGCUAUCGCGGCCAUCAAGAAGUGCCGCCAAAUUGCCCUGACGCCGCCAUUAAGAGACGUGUGGGUAUCUGAGUACGAGCCAGGUCUGAACAACGUCAACACCGACCAAGAGUGGAAAGACUUCGUUCUCAACACCACUCUCACUAUCUACCACCCAGUGGGGACCUGCGCUAUGCUCCCAAGAGGAGACGGCGGCGUCGUUGAUCCAAAGCUAAGGGUUUAUGGCACCAACAACCUUCGAGUCGUAGAUGCCAGCAUCAUGCCAGUCCUUAUGUCGGCGCAUAUGCAGACGGCUGUGUACGGGGUCGCAGAAAUGGCUGCGGAAAUCAUCAUCAACGAUGCGAGGGGGCAUUAA